AUGAAGGUCGAUGAAUCAGGAAGUAAUAGAAAUCUAUCCUGGUUCGAGAGAGGACAGGUACUCAAAAUGAUUUCAUUCAAAUGGAUAAUUAUCUACGGUUCGUUAGCACCAUUUUUUAUUAUGAUUACUCUGCUAUACGUUCUCGGGGUUGCGAGAUAUGUCACCGACUUUGAGGAGAAUACUUGUGAAAUGACGUAUAUGUUUGAGUACCCGCAAUAUGUGAAAAUAUCCUUUAAAAAUGAUAUUGAAGCGAAAUAUCCGCGGUUUGGAUUGUAUGCUUAUGGAGAAGGCAUUCUAACCGAAAAAUUGAGAAGAAUGCAUUUUUCUGGUAUACCAGUUCUUUUCAUACCAGGCAAUGCUGGAUCUCAUGAGCAAGUACGAUCUAUUGCUUCAGUAAGUUUAAGAAAAAGCCGCACAGCUUCCUUCCAUUUUGAUUUUUUUACUGUUUCAUUCAGUAAGGAUUAUUCUGCAUUGUAUGGAGGGGUGCUUAUGGAACAAACAGAGUAUGUCUCACAUUGUAUAAAGACAAUACUAGCGUUGUAUAAGGGAAAAAUAGACAAUAUUGUAUUAAUUGGUCAUUCUAUGGGUGGUAUUGUAGCAAAAGGAGCUCUGUUACUAAUGCCAAAUAUGAAUGCAUCAUUAGCAAAUAUGAUAAUAAAUUUGGCUACUCCUCAUACUCCCUUCUUAGUUUUUGAUAGUACUUUUGCAAAUUAUUAUUAUGAAUUGGAAAGACAUUUGCAUAAACUUAAGGAUGCAGGAGUAAAGGUAGUGUCAAUUGGAGGUGGACCACGUGAUAUACUUGUACCUUCUAUCGCAGCUUUCGAUCGUACGGCGGAUAUAAAUGUUCUUUCCACGAGUGUACCAUGUGUUUGGAAAUCCACGGAUCAUUUAAGUAUUCUAUGGUGUAAACAAUUAGUAUUUGUAAUUGUGCGGUCGCUGUUUGAUUCUGUGAAUCAGUUGGAAAAACCGCCUAAAAUUACAUCAAAUCCUGAUUUAAAAAUGAAGUCCUUAUCUUAUCAUUUCUUAAAACAUACUUCUGGCAAAAAAAUGUAUCAUUAUCCAGACAAAGUUCGAUUUGAAACUGACGCUGAAUGGGUGAGUGUACCUCAACAGUAUGUCUGGAAUAAUAAUGGAAUUAAAAGAUCAUCCGUUAUAUAUCUUGCGGUGGAACUAUUUCAUAAAUCUGACUUCUUAACCAUCGAUGCAAUAAAUUUACAAAGCAAGGAUUGGCUGUUUGUAUGCUCAGCAUUAAAAAAACAAGAACAAAAAAGAAUUUGUGAAUGGGGUUGGAGUUUGACAAAUAAAACAAGAAUUUUACCCGAUCCUUUAUAUCGAUCGAGAAGGAUUGUUGAUUUAAAUCUAAAAGAGAUAAAAUAUCCACACAUUACUCAUGCCAUUGUGAAAUUAACUCCCGAUGAUUUAGAGAAACAACUUACAGUCAAUUUUGAUUCCUAUUUUUACAAUAAUCGAAUGGAAUCUACAAGAAAUAGAUUCUUACAUCCUAAAUAUCUUUUUGGUUUCCGUGGACCCAAUUUAAUUGAGACUGUCAAGGGAAGUAUAAGAUAUUAUAUAACACUUCCCAACAUCAUAGACGCAAUUACAAUCGAGUUCAAAUCACUGAAUUGUAUUAAGCAUCAUGCUAUUGUCGAGUUAAUAGAAUCAUCGAAUAUAGGAUCGACUCAGGUGGAAAUCUUCACGAAUACGGACGAUGGUCCGAAAACGAUGAAAAUGCAGACUCUUUAUGGACGUUCCAAUGAUACAGCAAGUUUAAGAGUGACAUUAGAACCAGAAUGCAUUUAUAUGAUUAAUAUUCAACCUGGAGGAAUCAUCGAUAAAAUUUCGUGUAGAGUACGGGAUCGGUGGCCAUUGCUUUAUACGGCCAUUAUCAGUUUGCUUCUUCUUAUCAUUUCUUUAAGGAUACAUUACAAUUCAGAUGUGCUACCGACAAUAAUCAUUACCAUAAUAUUAUCCUUUGUCUUCAACGUUACUUACGAAACUUGCAUCGCUUUAUGUAUUAUUGGUAUAUCUGCCGUCGGUGUAUGUUUCUCUGUUAUAUUUCUUGGUUCUGUUGCACAUGGAAUAGCUGUCAGGUUCUUAGCACGUGCAAUAGCAUUCUCAGUAACAUGGUCCGACUGGUUAUUGAGUGGUUUAAAUCAGCUGCCAUAUAUUACAACUUUUUUCGUACAAUCUUUAAUUCCAAUAACAUGCGCAGCUCUUAGUAUGCUCAUUUCAGUAUUUCUUCACUUUUUAAAAUUAACAAGGAUGUAUGAAGAUUAUUUAGAAGACAUAUUAUUGGCCCCACUCCAACAUUUCAAUUUAUUUAAACGUUGGAAGAAUGCAAAAAAUGAAGAAGAAAAUGAUCAGUUAAAUACUAGUCAAAAAAAUAUCGGUCAAGAGAUAUACAAUCGUCUUCUCCUAUUUCUAUUAUAUAGUUUUGCUGCAAUCCCAGCAAUUCCAUCUGUCUUAGUUUGGGCAAAAAAUUUCAGCUACGAUAUGAGACUCUCCACAGAAGAUCCUGUCCAUGUAGUAAGUUGGAUAAUAUUGGCUGGGUGCAGUACAUUAGGUAUCGUACAGAUUUCUCCUAAGCACAAAGGAUACCGCUCGCUUAUAUUAAGUAAUAUAUUACGUUUCACGAGUUGGGUUAUUCUUUCUAUGACUGCAGCUCCGCGUCCAUCCUUUUACCAGUGGUGUAUGCCACCCAUUAUUGCCACAGUAGUAACGCUCAUCGCACUAAAUUCUAUGAUUCCUUAA